AUGAGCAACGCCCUCAUGGGCACGUACUUCAAAUGCGGGAGCUCGUACCGCGCGCUCGACGUCUUCCGCACCAUGCCCGGCGGCCCCAGCCUCUUCUGCUGGAACACGGUGAUCGAAGGGCUCGGCAAUGAACAGCCACGGCGAGGACGCUGUCGCCGCGUUCCGCGACACGGUCGAGGGUGCGCGGAACUGACGGCAGCACGAGGUCAAGCCGAACGCGGUGACGUUCGUGGCGCUCCUGUCAGCGUGCAGCCACUCGGGGCUGGUGGCAGCGGGCCGAAAGCUCUGCGCCGACAUGCUGCCGGUGCCCGGCGUGCCGCCCCAGACAGAGCACUACGGGUCAACCUCCUGUGCCGCACGGGCUGCGUCGACGAGGCCGCGCGGCUCGUGCGGACGAUGCCCGGCCCGCCCAACGCCAAGGUGCUCGGAAGCCUCCUGGUCGACGCCCGCGCUCCGGAGCGGCAGGAGGGUAGCGUCAGGCUGAGCAAAUGGGCGGCGCGGUGGAUCUCGGAGCUGGACCUCGGGGACGGCGCCGCGUACGGCCUGUCCAACGUGUACGCGUCGCUGCAGCGGUGGGAUCGCGUCGAGGAGCACAGGAGGGUGGUGCGCGCGGCCGCGAGACACGGCAAGGGCAAGCGCCGCAAGCAGCCCGGGCUUGCUCGCUGUGACCUGGCCAGCUCCUGCACGAAUUGA